AGCCACAAUGGUAUUUGCCCCAAGUUCCCCAUCAGAUGUGAUUUCUGCGACAACCUUCCACGGAAAAUACCACGUGACAAGAUGCCUGAUCACUUGAAAACAUGCAGAAGGGAUAAAGCUCUGUGCAAAUUUGGCUGCAAGGAAAAGUAUGAAGUUAAUAAGGAAGGCCAGCACAUGGAGCAAUUUGCUGUGUUCCAUCUUGAUCAGGUGAGAGAGAAAAUGGAAAAGCUGGAGGCUGAAAUUAAACAGAAGCGCCAGCAGGGUGAAGAGGAACAUCUACAAGCUUUAAUAGGUCGCUUGUCCAUUUUGGAUUCCAACAUGAAAGUGUGUCAGGCCAAGGUUGCUGAUCUAAAUCAGAAGGUCACUGGAAUGUCACAAAGGUCACGGGUGGAGGCGGACUCGGGCACGGCUUAUGCAUUAGCAGCUGCGUCCUCCUCCCCAUCUAUUGACAGUGGCAUCUCCCAGAUAAUAGACCAACUCAAGACACAGGAAGGGAUAACAGACAGCAAAGUCAACACUUUUGAAGGUAUUGUGGCAGUUCUUAAUCGGGAGGUAGAAAAAUGUAGCACCCAGUUGGAAAACUACGAAGGACAACGACGUCUUGAUAGAGAGGCACUGGAGGGUAAUGAACGCAAAAUAAAGUCCUUGGAAAGAGUCAUCGCCUUGAAGGAUGUUUCAAUGGCUGAGCAAGACCUGCGCAUUCAAGCCCUGGAAAAUGCAAGCUUUGAUGGGAUCUUGAUUUGGAAAAUUUCAGAUUUCAGCCGUAAACGCCAUGAUGCUAUUACAGGUAGAGUCACCAGCCUGUAUUCCCCAUCCUUCUACACUGGUCCCCACGGCUACAAGAUGUGCUGUCGAAUUUACCUGAAUGGUGAUGGGAUGGGGAAGGGCAGCCAUGUUAGCCUUUUUUUCGUGGUGAUGAGAGGUCAUUACGAUGCCCUCCUCCGCUGGCCAUUCAAACAGAAGGUCACUUUCAUGCUGCUGGACCAGAACAACCGCGAGCACAUAAUAGACGCCUUCAGGCCGGAUCCUACCAGCUCCAGUUUCAAGCGUCCAACCUCAGAAAUGAACAUCGCCAGUGGUUGCCCCCUCUUCAUGGCUCUGACCCAGUUAGAAAAACAAGGAACAGCAUACGUGAAAGAAGACACUAUGUUUCUGAAGGUGGUGGUGGAUACUGCGGAUUUAUAAAAGGGCAGAGGGGGGUUGCAUUUUUCAGUGUCAGCCAUAGUUUAAUAAGUAUUACAUUUAUGGAUGCCCUGCAAUCUGCUCAGGUUGAUAUCACUGAGCAGAUUUUGCCUAAGACUAUGUAUGCAUGUCUUGAUAUCAAGCCCACUAGUGUUGAGAUCCUAGGGGUUAGGACUACAUUUCUGGAAAAAUGGUCAAGGACAGGGAUUUUAAAAGACAUUUUUGAUAUCUUUCAUUGUAAGGAAAAUUUGGUGUUAUACUGGUGCUAUUACGCUCAUAUACACAGACAUGGGCCAGUACAUUGUGCAAUAUAUAUUUUUUAUUUUUAUUGUUAUUGUUAUUAUUUGAUAUGUACUUUUCAUUUUUUUUUCAUUAUGAUUUAUUUACAUAUUAUAUACUUUUUGAAGAUACAUAUACAGUCAAAUACCUGAGUUUUAAGAACAGUCAGGACAUUAGUAGGAUGUGAGCAAGGUUAUUGAAUGCACAUGAACCUUUAAUCAACAAAGGUCUGCAUAAGUGGCUUAAGGCUUCAACAAAAUGGGUCUUGAUAAGUUCUGUACUAUGUAUGGACAUGUUUCUCUCCAUUUCAGGCACAAAAACUGAUGUGUGCAAUAUUUCUGUCCAAAAUAAGAAAGUUUUAAUGUGCUUGAAAAAGAAGAAGAAAAAAAAACAAGAAAAGAGUUGUUCAUAGAGAAAAUGAACAACCUUAACAUGUUCUUUGUCCUCUAACAGUGUGGAACUGCCCAAAUGUUCAGUGUCAUAUGACCACAUGACAUUUACAACAAAUUUUGAGUCAUAUUUAACUUCUGUCUUGACCACAGCUGGCGUGAAAUUAAGACCUAAGAUGUCAUAUUCCUGUAGUGGUCAAGACAAAAACUGUGAGCACUUCAAUAAGAUCAUUUUAUAACUUAAUAUAAAUGAGA